UAUUUCUAUGUGAAUAAUGAAUGAUGCUUGCUGGACUGUGAGUUAGGCAUGGAAGCGGAAGGGGGUAGUGGAAGUUCACUGUGGUGUGGUCCGGUUCUGGGUCGGUGGCGGCUCCCACCUAGGUCUGUCUACAAUCUCCAUAGCCUUUCACAACGUCCGAACCUAUAAUUUUACGACGCAUUCACACUACAAUGUUUUCUCCAUUUGAGACGGCGCAAGGGAAAGACGCCGCCGAGCCCCACCCCCCCUUCCCUCCCCUCCUCCAACUGCGUUAUUCGUUAACAUCGAGAUUUCUACCUGCAGACCUCGAAUUCAGACACGCGACGUCGGAAUCCACGCAGAAGACGCAUACAGCAUGAGCGGCUUGUAGUAGAUGCCAGCCACGGGGAGCGGAAAAAUAUUUCCGGUUGCAAUUGGUGCAUGACGGGGCAUUCGUUGGAGAGCAGUGGUGCAGAUUAUGACCGACUUGUGGUUGUUGGGUACAGACGAAUCUGAUGAUGGUGACAGGAUUUUAUUAAGGGGACGAUAAGGGAGAGGACAUGGAGAUGGCGGAACACGAUGCGGAAGUAGGCGAUGGUUUCUUUGAUAGUGAGGACGAUGACGCGCCAGUGGAUAUGGCUGUUGUAUACGAAGCUAUGAAGCGUGUGCCCUUACCAGACUUCGAUUACGCGGACCGUGCUGCUGCUGGUCCUGCUGCGGUUGCUGACAUAACAGAAGUGAGCCAAUCGAGUGAGCCUACUACUGGCAAGGAUUUUAUUCCAGCAGGUUCAGGCUUUGAAGAUGCGGGGCAAGGCAACAAACGAGGUGCAAGUAGGGCAAGGUCGUUGAAGCGCGUGAAGCUUGCUGGUACUGGAACUGCUACAGAUGAAAAAACUUAUUUGAUAACACCUGUGAAAGGGGGAGGAAACAGGAUUGCAACAGCAGCCAAGGUGGCAGCGAAGGUAGCACCCAAUGUGGUGACAGGAGGUGUGGUUGCAGAAGCUGGUCCGAGACCAGAUUUUAGUUUGUGGACCGUGGAGGAUGAUCUACUAUUGGAGAACGCUAUGGAGGCUGGGGCAGCUGUGGAGGCGCUUGCAAAGGGUGCUAUGCGUUUCUCCCACAGGUUCACUGUGCGGGAGCUGCGGGAGAGAUGGAGAGCUCUGUUGUAUGAUCCUGAAUUAUCUGCUGAAGCUUCUGCGCGUAUGGUCGAAGCUGAAGCAGCUCUCUCUGAUCUCCCUCCUAAAGUCGGCGCCCCUCACGACCGCCAUGCCAAACACUUAGAACAGAAUCGAAAGGCAAAUAGCAUUCGCUUUUUGUAUUACAAGAGAAAGCGACCACUGGUUGAAGGGAAAUUGGUUUCGGCUACAGAAUCACAAACACCUGACGAGGGGACAUUUCGAGAAGUCAGAGAGAAGCAUGAAGAUGGUAGAGAAAAGUCAGUUGUUGCUCCUUUGAGCACUAUGACCCUUGGUAAUGUUGACCCCGGGCUGUUAGAAGGGCUGUUAUCUCCCAAGGGAGGCUCAACAGACUUCGACUGCACGUUCACUCAGAUGGUCAGUCUUCUUGCAGCAGGUGGAGUGGGAGCUGUUAUUGGAGCUUUGCCAGGAAAUCAAAGUUUAGAAAAUUUGGAGGAUCCAAAGAGAAGACAAGAAGUUAAGUGUCAAGAGCCCAUAGUAGGAUCCAUCACCACAGCACCUAAGCGUGAAGACGUAACGGCCGACCAGUUGCAGUCUCAAAUUCCAAUUGUGCCUGGUGGCAACAACGAGUUGAAUUCUUGGGCACAUGUCUCAGUUAAAGAGGUAGUUCUGAAAAUACCGCCAGUACAAUCGGACAUAGAGAAACAAGUUAAGGAAGGUGAAGGUACAGAAGCGAAGGAAGGUAAAGGUAUAGAAUCGAAGGAAGGUGAAAGUAUACAAGUGAAGGAAGUUGUAGGUAUACAAGAGAAGGAAGGUUUAGGUGUUCAAGAGAAGGAAGAUGUAGGUAUACAAGCGAAGGAAGGUGUAGGUAUACAAGAGAAGGAAGGUGUAGGUAUACAAGAGAAGGAAGGUGUAGGUAUACAAGCGAAGGAAGGUGUAGGUAUACAAGCGAAGGAAGGUGUAGGUAUACAAGCGAAGGAAGGUGUAGGUAUACAAGCGAAGGAAGGUGCAGGUAUACAAGCGAAGAAAAUUGUAGGUAUACAAGUUAAAGAAGGUGAAUGCCAAAGCGCUUCAGCGAAUGAUGGCUGUAAAGAAGCAGUCCAUCCAGUUGAAAACCUUGAGUGGAAUGCGAUGGACACGGAUAGCCUCCUUGGAUGUCAGACUCCAAUACAAGCAACUACAGCCUCAACAGUGACAAAGGAGAUUUCUGAUAGUUCACCAAACGUUUUGAUGAGUUGCAAUCUUUCUGACACAGUACAUGCUGAAGUUGGAGGGAAUCUUACUAAACCCAAAACUGAGGAUCUGUUCUGCACAAUGAACUUGGGUAUAGAUGCUUCUGUUGUACCUACCAAGCAGUUAGUUGAUGCGUCAAGUGUGAAAGUUGAGCAGGCAGCGGAAACUGUAGAAGUUGGCUGCAUACCGGGGGUGGAAAUAUCGCAACCUCACCUUGCCAUUCAGGAGAGUCAUCAGGAGGCAUCCAAUCCAAGGGAUGAAACAGCACACGACUUCAGCGGCUCACAUUUACGCUGGAAGCAUGGAGACUCGAUUAACGAUAUCGAACAAGAUCAAGUACAGUAUCUUGAGAGCUACCAGAACCAAGAGCAAGAUUCUGAAAGUGAUCAAGAUUUUGAUAGCGAACAACAUUUUCCUUACAUUGAAGGCGAAUAUGACGGGGAAUAUCACGAUAACGAAGGGUUGGAAGUUCACGCUGGCGACGAGCUAUUGUAUGCAUCAGACAGCGGGGAGGCCAUUCUUCAUCAUGACCUGUCAAUGUCCACUGAUUAUGCGCAAGCUAGACCUAUCAAUGAUACGAUGAUCGAUCCUAUUUUCGGUCCUAUUGUUUGUACACUGAGUACAGAGGACACAGAAAUCCCCAAUCUCGAUGAUGUUCUUCCUCCACCGCAAACUAGUUUUAUUUACAACUCAGAUGGAGAACUAAGAGAUGGCUACCUUCUAGACUGCACCAGUCUGGACGAUGAAGCCGAGGUACCUAGUUCUCCUUCAGAAUUUCAUGUCUACGAAGCAUGGGAGUCUUCGGAUACACUAAAGAAUCGGGUACACGCUUCAAGAUACGAAGAUGAUAAUGUUUGGGACCUGGAGAUGGGCGCUGGCAAGCAAGAGCGUACUUUUUCGCAGUCUUGUGGCCAAAAUGUGAUGGCUGGAAACUUAAACCCAAAUGCUUAUUUCACACGACCCAUGAAGGAUGAAUGCCCUUCCUUGUCAGAUGUUGAUGGUGAAAACCAAUUAAUACAGUUCCCAGCUUUACAAUUACACGAUGCCGAUAUUCAGAGAGCAUCAUCAGACACUGCAGGAACAUUAUCCUCUACAGGCCAGCAUGCCGAAGGGCAACCAAUUCGGGCUGAAGGAAAUGGAGAGUUUUACCAUGGAGAUAUUGAUCCAUUCACAGGACAAGAAGUUCUGGCACGAGUAGAUCCGGAAACUGGCGUUUUGAAAAGUGACGAGGAAGCAAGCGCACUUGAAAUUGCUGAGGAAGAGCUCGAAAGUGAAGCAUAUACUCGCUUUUCAGAUGUUGAAACUAUGAUAAUGAAUAUGGAUCUUGACCCGGGAGUAGACGACGAAUUUUCUGCAUUGGAAGAGUCAAGGCGUAUGUAUAGGCGACAAAGGAGAAUGCUUGUCCGAUUGGAACAAAAUUUCUCAUCUGCAAUGCAACGGUCUCUUACUAAACGAAAAGCACUAGCUAUUUUGUACGGCAGACACCUGCUCUACUAUAUGACCAAACCUGAGGUGUUAAUGGGAAGGAUGACUCAAGACAAUAUUGUGGACAUAGACUUGGGCAAAGAAGGGCGUGCAAACAAAGUGUCUCGGCAGCAGGCAUCACUAAAGCUCAAGGAGGAUGGUUUCUUCUACCUGCGAAAUCUCGGGCGAAGGACUUUGACUGUAAACAAUAUCCCUGUGGAUAGUGACCAACGAGCUAUGCUGGGCUCAAACUGCUUGAUAGAGGUUGGAGGCAUGUGCUUCAUUUUUGAGAUCAAUAAGAGACUUGUCAAGCAACACGUUGCUAGAAUGCAUCGAAGCUCGUGAUUUUUCUUGAAAAACUUGACCCGCCUAAGUUUGUUCUUCCGUUUCCUUGAGACAGUGGUGCUGAAUUAAUUUCAGGAGCCCGUUCCUUCCGGCUCUCGAUUCCGGACAUGGGAUCGGACCCUUGAAAUGACAGCAAUAUAGCAAUUUUCCUAUUGCUACGAACUUAAUUAAUUGGAACACUGUUGCGUCAGAGCAUUUAAUGGGCAAAUCCCAAACUGCGAUUUUCACAGCUACGAGAAUAAGUGCUGCAGUGUAACAGUGAAAUUCCCGAGUAUGAAUGUCUGAUUCUGAUA